UUACCACUCAGUCCGCGCGGUACGCCAAGCCAAGCGCCACUGCCGCGACUACACAACAGUCCCCCAAAAGUCGAAACGUUUAUAAGACUGACAGACGACGACGUAAUGCGAGCGUGAUCUUCACUUUGCCGUCAACAACCGUACCGAUAUAUUUGGUAGGAAAAAGUAAAAAUUGUUUACGACGCGUAUUCUUUGGCCGGUCGCCACCACCGAUAGUCGUUACUAUACGUUUCGUCUCGCGUCGUUAUCCAAUAAUUAUAUAAAUAAUAAAAAUAAUCAUAUUAUAAUAUUAAUUGUUACAACUAUUAUUAAUUUUUUUAUGCCAAUUUUGAUUUCGGUUUAAAUAAUAUUCUUAUUUACGGGAAUUAUUGUUCCAAUAAUCGCGACUUCACUGUCCGACGACGACGAUUCGUACUAUAGAAAACCAAAUACGUUGAUGUCAAACAUUCAAUGUGGUCUUAAGAUGUGUCCUUAUGAACGGAGAAUACGCUCAGCCACAGCACAUUUCAGAUGCCAUCUACCUGGGUGCUGCCAUCGUACUGAGUAUUAUCGGAAUAGUUGGAUUUCUUUUCAACACAUGUGUCAUUUUCAUAAUGAUUAGAGAUCCACGGCUAUGGACCCCUCAAAAUGUUAUAAUAUUCAACUUAGCAACGUCCGACUUAGCCGUGUCUGUAUUGGGAAACCCAGUUACCUUAGCCGCAGCCAUCACCAAAGGCUGGAUUUUCGGUCAAACCAUAUGUGUUAUUUAUGGAUUUUUUAUGGCAUUAUUUGGAAUAGCUUCAAUAACAACUUUAACUGUACUGGCGUACGAUCGGUAUUUAAUGAUACGUUAUCCGUUCAGCAGCAGCAGGUUAACCAAGGAAACUGCACUAUACGCAGUGGUUGGAAUAUGGAUAUAUGCAUUUGCUGUAACAGGACCUCCGUUGUUUGGAUGGAAUCGUUACGUCAACGAAUCCGCAAACAUCAGUUGUUCAGUCGACUGGGAGAGUGGCGAACAUAGCAAUUAUGUCAUAUACAUAUUUGUUUUUGGACUAUUUCUACCAGUUACUGUGAUUAUCUAUUCAUAUGUGAGCCUCGUCGUUACAGUAAGAAAGAGAGCUGCUGAAAAAAUCAUCGGACAAGCGACCAAAGCGGAAUGCAGGGUAGCCAUUAUGGUGGCCGUGAUGAUAUUGGCAUUUUUAACUGCAUGGAUGCCGUAUUCGGUGCUAGCUCUAAUGAUUGCAUUUGGCGGCGUUCACAUCAGUCCUGUCGUCAGCAUAAUACCAGCUUUGUGUGCCAAGUCGAGCAUAUGCUGGAAUCCAAUUAUCUACAUUGGACUCAAUACCCAGUUCCGGUCGGCGUGGAAACGGUUCCUGAAAAUUCCGGGCACCGUGUCGGAAGUCUCAUUAGAUGCCGACAUCACCACGGGCAUGACCAAGCUGAUGACCGGUCACCAAGAGUUGCCGGUGCAUCCCAUGAACAACGGCGACACCAAUCAUCCACCGGGUCUGAUAAUGUGCUGUUUGGCACACGAUGAACACCGACGGUCUACGACGUACGUCGAUCAGUACGAGUGCAAUCUCGAAAUGAAGUCAUGCAAUCCACAAACUCUCGGCAAACCGACCGAAACGAACCUCGGCGACGUUUCUUUGUGAACAUAUUAAUAGUACCUAUAUAAUAUCAAAAUACUACGACAAACAAAUGAAAAAAAAAAAUAGUUACAUUCCAUAAGGUUGGCUUCGAAUUGGUAAUAUAUUAUACAAUAUAUUUUUUGGCAUUUUUUAUGUCUCAAGUUAAUUCCAAAAUACGAACAAAUAUUAAAUUAAAAAAAAUAAUAAUAAAUGGGAUAAUUAUUCUGUAUUCAAACGUACUGUACGGUUUGUAACUCUAUUAAAAUAUAAUGAAAUGUAGUUGCUAUUUGCGAGUAUGCAUCAUCAUUAUUCUAAAAAUAUUAUGUAUAUAGAUAUACUAUAAAUUAUAAUGGUGAAUAUAGGGAUAGAGGUGUCUGGAACAUAACUCAUAGGCCAUAAUUAAAAUCAUAAAUUCCCAUACACGUUACUGAUCAAUACCUAUCUAAUAAUAAUAAUAAUAUUAAUAUACCAAUCUACAAUGUUCUUCUUUAGUUUUUCGUAUAUCGUCAAGACAUGAUAUUGUUGUAUAAUUUGAUAUCGUUCCGACGAUAUUUUGCAUAAUACGUUUUGUUAACAAUGUUCAUGAUUGUUAAAACCUUCUUAUUUUACAAGACUACAAUUUAUGUUUGAAUACAUUAAAACUCAUCACAGUCUAUACAUUUAUAUGGCAAAUAAUAUAACGAUUCCAUUCAAGCGCUAUAACGAUUUAAUUACAAAAAUGUUACAACUGAAGAUUAAACGUUAUAAAACGAGUUCUGAAAGAAAAUUCUUAUAACUGCAGGAGGUAUAUAAUAGCUCCUCGAUUCCUUGGCUAGUAUACCUAAAAAAAAAUAUUACAUGUAUCUAUUAUUAUUACAAUGUUGUGCUUACUACGUUUAAAUAAUAAAUCCAUUACCCACUUAAUUGAUAAUUAGGUACCUACCGAGUUACCCAAAUUUGCAAAGUGACGUUUAUAAAAUAACAAUGACGUAGGUACAUAUACCCUAAAUAUAUAGUUUCGAAUAUUUAACCUGCACGUGUCGACAAGAACUUUUCGAGUCGUUGUAAGGAUAAAAUAUGUAAAAAACAUAAAUGUCAAUAAAAUAUUAUUAUUAUUAUUAUUAUUAUUAUUUAAGGUAUAUAUUCUGCAAUUUAAUUUAAUUAUAUCACUUUGAUUUCAUAGCUGCCAUACAGUUAGACCAGUAUGUAGAUUAUAUUUACAAAUUAAGGUACAGCACUAAUUAAGUAUCUCGUAUUUUUUUCAAGCAAUAUAAUAUAUUAUCACUCAUAAACAAACAUAUUUAUCAAAUAAUAAUAUAUUACUAUUUGGGCAACUAAAAGUCUCUAUUAGAAUUUAUAAUAUUUUUAAUUAUAUAUAGGUACCUACACCUAUAUUGCUAUAUGUUCAAUUAAAUAAAUCGAUGGUUGGUAUAAAACUAAAAACGGUCUAAAAGUUAUUAAUUGUUAUUAAAAUGUUUUAUACUGACGAAACUUGCACACGAUAACUUUUGAAAUUUGUUAUUUUCAAAAAUAUAAAUAAUUAUUAGAUUGUACAUUUAUGCAAAUAUGAGUAAAUAUUGUAAAGUAGUUUUGCAUCAAAUUUUUUGAAAGAAAAAAAUAACAAUAAUAACAUUUUACUUGCUACUAUAUUUGGUGUAGCUUAUUGUAACGAUGACUAAUUAAUAAUAUUAUCAUAACUCAUAGCCCAUAGGUAUUUAAAAUUUACAAUAUAAAUUUACAAAACUUACUAAACAUUUUCCACAGAUAUAUCAGUUCGAAUUAAAAUAUAAAAUAUCAAAAUAAAAUAAAUUUUUAUAAUCAUUGCAAAUACAUAAAUAUAAGAUUAUGUAUUUAUGUAUAAUUUGAAAAAUAGGUACCGUAUACCUACCCGAAUGUAAACUGUUAUAUAUUUUAUAUUGUUUAAGAUAUUUAACCUUACUGUAGGUACCUACCUACAUAUUAUAAUAAUUUUAGAAGUUUCUAUUCAGAAAAUCCAAAUUAAUUUCUCUCAGGUCAGUUUUGGUCGUUUCGGAUAUUUAACGAAAAUUUAAACCUCGUUAUAUUUUGUUCAAAAUAAUAAUAAUUACCUAGGUAUAUAUUAUGUAAUUAAUAUUUUACCAUAAAAAUAGAAAUAAUUAAUUACGUCAUAUCUAAAUACCAAUCUAGUAUAAUAUUAUAUAUUAUUGUUUAUUUAUAAUUACUUAUAUGAAUUGAGUAAGCAAUACAAAACAAAUAUAUUAAGAUUUUAGCUAUAUAUUUUUAAAGAAAAUCCCUAUACAUUAUGUCGUCAAAGGUUUCAGGUCCUGUGAAAGUAUUGUAAAAUAAAAGAUCAUUUCUGAGUGCGUAAUUUUUAAGAAAAUCCUAAAAACUAGUACAGUAAGUAUAGUACCUACCUAUUUAUAAAUUAAAUAGAUACCUUAGAUACCUAGGUACCUAAAAAUGUUUAUGCUAAAUUAGGUACCUAUUUUAAUACAAUCAAAGUUAAGUAAAAUCAUUAUUAUAGUCUCUAUAGGUUAUAAUAAUAUGUAUAAUGUAUUUUUUUGGUUUGUUUGUAAUUAAUAUAAUAUAAAUAUUAAAUAUAUUGAAUUAAAACCAAAAAAAAAAAAAAAUUGUACUUUUCUUCGGACGAUCGACUAUUUAUUAAAAUCAAAUUGUAUUAACUUUCUCGACUAUUGAUUUCUGAAAUAAAAAUCACGAAAAACCCGGUUAGAAAUACCUAUCUAUAUUCUAUAAUAACUGCUGUCAUUGCUAACAUCAAACAAAACCGAAACCAAGGACAAAGCCAUUUUUUUAUAUAUACCUAUUAUGCUACCAUGUAUGUAUUGAAAUAAAAUAAUCGAGUUUUGAGUUCUUCGAAUUUGGAAAUAUUGUGUUUCAAAGGUACAUGUUUUCAUCAUAAAAAUAAAAUGACGAAUAAUUCAUUUGAUUUAAAAAUUAAAAAUACAACAAAGUUUUACAACCAUUAUUUUAUUUAUUUUUGCUUUUUUUUUUAAUUAAAAUUAAAAAUUUUAUAACAGCAGAGAACAAUAUUCUUGCAAUAGGUAUACGAGUAGAUAAGUAUACUUUUCACAUUUAAUUUUAAAAAUCAAAAAUUGAUUUGAAAACUUAUUUCAAAUCAGUUACUGAGUUAUCUUAAUUUAUUUUUUUUAUAAUAUUAUGUGGUUCAAUAAUGUUGAUUGGUGCUUUAGGCACAUAAAAUAUCGAAUAACAGCAUUUAGUUGUGUAUUCUUAUGGAUUAUAUGUAUAUGUACAAAUAUUCUAUUCCAUUAAGCAUCAACUCUUCUCUUGCCUUCCUAUUAAAAUACAUAUAAUGGAAAAUCUAUAAAACUUAAUUUUUUAAAAAUUGAUCAUGUUCAAGAGAUAUCAAUUUUCUGUUAUCCACUUACUUUUAAUAACAUUUUAGCUUGUGAUUUUUAUACUCUUAUUCGGCUAUUCAAUAAGUAAUAACUCUUUUGUGCUAUGAAUAAGUCUUUUAAGUAGAGGUACUAAGCAGGUGAUCUAUUAUGUUGAUCAUUAUAAUCUUUGGUAGAACAAAACACUUAUAAUUCACACAAUAUUAUAAUUUACAAUAGAUAAAUAAGAAUUUUCGACAUAUUUUUUAAAAACUAAAUCUGAAAAUUUAACAUUUAACAAUGUUACUUAUUGAUAUUUUCAUUUUUCACAGAAUAAUUGUAGAAUGUCUACUGAGUGCCUACUCAAAAUAGUCGUUAUCGUCCAAUGAAAUGAACGGUGUUAUUAAUAAUUUAUCAUUUAAAAUUAGAUAAGUAUGAUGAUAAAUGAUAAUAUACCUAACCUAGUUAUAUAGUGUUUGUGUAUACUGAAUAACUUACAUUGUAAUAAAUAAUUUAUAUUGAAUAUUAUGUAUUUACUAUUACUGAGUGAUGUGUUGUAAUGCCUUACAAUUAUUAUUUUUAAUUAUUUUAAUUAUUUUUUUUUUUUUUGGAGAAAACAUGGUAGAAACCUAUGAAUAUGAAAUUUAAGAAAUGGAAAAAAAUAUUUUGAUUUAACAUAUUAAUUACUGUGUACACUUAUUUUAAUGAAAAAUAAAUAAUUAUUUCCAUAUUUAAUAGGUACCAACUUGAUA